UUUCUUCUUGAUGUUAUGUACUCAUAAUUUUUCAGUCAGGUCUGUCACAUUGACAACAAUUUUUAAUAAUAGUAUUUUUAAACGCAUUUUUUGUGAUUUUUCUUUAUAUAAAGUGAUUGAUAACUCAAAGGAUGGAUGAGAAUAUAAAAAAGGGUCUCCGGGAAACACGUGCACAAUAUGUUUUACGUUUAGCUACUCAAAACAAUGAGUUAGCACCAAAAGCGAAUGAACCAAACAUGUUAACAAAUAUAAAUACCGAUAACGAUGCCUUUGAUAUUCAAAAUAAUAUUAUAAUAUUAUCACCUACGAAUGUGGAUUUUUCGAGCAAUAACCAUCCAAAUAAUAUUAUUAUUGAAGAAGUAAGUCAGAUGGAUCCUGGGUUUGAUGGGCAUGAAUAUGUGAAAACAAUAUUGGAUGACAAUGAUUUACAGACAGAGUUGCAGUCUAACGGUGAACUAUUGAUAAUUAAUAAAUAUUGUGAGGGCCAAAAUUGUUCUUUGGAGCAAAAUGUUAUAAUAGAGGGAACCAACAAGAAUUUUUCCAACACACAAGAACAAGAGGUGACACCUGAUAUUGACGAUGAUCAUUUUAUCUCUAACGGUUCAGAUCAAGGUUCCAAUUAUGAUCCUGAAAACGAAACUUCUGGGUCCAGUGAGUAUUCAUCUGAAAACGGCGAGGAAGUAAGAGCACAGCUUAAAUAA